GAAGAAGAAGACAGAAGAAGCCAGAAGAAGAAGAAGGUGUAACGUUGGUUAGCAUAAACAGCUAGCGUAGCUGUGUGUCUUAUCUUGUAUAGAUUAAGCAACCCACCAAGACAAAUCCAUCAAAGAAUAUUUGAUACCUGCGAACACAUCAAACCCCACGUUAGGUUUCAUACUCUGAAGGUCACAUUUCAUCUGGUACAGUAACACUGUAACACCACUGGCAGUCGAGUGACCCAAGAAAAUUAUGUGCUGCAGCUGAAGAUGGGAGGUAGCGUCUCCAAAUCCAAAGGAUUUUGGCCUUUUUCUGGCUCAGGUAGUACGGACGAUCCAACCAAAGAUGGAAAUGAGCAGCCCAUGGCGAGAGUUCGAAGUUUCCAUAGUGCAACCCCUUUUGUGUUAACUAGAAAAAGCUCUAUGUACUUUGAUGAAGAUGGCGACUUGGCCCAUGAGUUCUAUGAAGAGACAAUUGUGACAAAAAAUGGACGUAAAAAAGCCAAGCUGAAGAGGAUUCAAAAAAACCUAACACCUCAGGGAAUUAUAAAGCUGGAGAUCCCUUGCAUCCAUGUAGAUUUCCCAGUUGUCCUCUGUGAAGCCUGAUGAUGUCCGAGCAGUGUCUCAGAGUAGCCACUGUGUCAACUCCGUCCUGUGGUUUCCCCUACAGCUGGAAGCCUGAACCACCUUUUAAAAUAACAUGAUCUCUUGAUAUAUUUGAUGCCCUUAUGUGGACCGGCUGAUGCAAUGUGUGCUGAGCCUCUGCAUGUGAUCUGUUUCGGCUUGUGUGCAGUUAGUCACAGAAUAGGUCACCAAUGGAGAACUAGAAGGGGGGUCAAGAUGGCAAAAACCUACUCAGUUUACAGGUCAUGGUUUGUGUGCAUGUAAGUGUGAAUGUGUGUGCAGACAUGGGAUGAAAUGUGACAGAGUCCUGAAUUUAGCUGCAGAUUGUUUUCUGGUAUGAUUCAUUGAACUCUAGGACUGUGAGGAGAAGGUAACCAAUUCUUUCCUCUGUCACAAUCAUAUCUCGUGCGGGAAAGUUUUAUGUGCACACUUUCGUUUUUUGACACCAUCAUGACUUGCUUUAUUAUGCAUGGAAAAGGAUCUGCUUAUCGGUAAUAGCCUAGGGAGUUGACAAUCAGUGGCCCACAAAAUCUCAAGUGGAUUAGUGUCAUAACGUCGGAUGGACCGGCUUCAAUGACCUCAGAUGAUGGUCAAGUGGUGGUCACAUGUACACAGCAGCAGUGAGUCUAGUAAGAGAACCUGUUGUUUCGUUUGCUGCUCUGGCAUACUAUCUUUCACUUUUAAUUUAUUAUAACUGUUUUUUAAUUACAUUAUCAAAUGCUAAACUGUGUCAUGGUCCUUUUUUUUUUUUAUAUCAAUACAAUUAAAAGGAAAAUUAAAGUGCAUUUAAUUUAUCAGAAGCUGUCAAGAUCAAAGGGGAAAGAUAAUUCAUGCACAUAUUUUAUAAUCUUUGCCUAAAUAUACUACUGGGGGAUCACAUUAUAUAAUUGAAAAGUGUGGAAGGCAUUUAAAUUGCUAAUUCAAUAAAAAAAAUUAUCUGAAAAUAAAUCCACUCAAGAUCCACUUACAAGUUUUUUCAAAUUUUUUUUUUUUUUAUCCCCCACCAUAUGACUGCCUGUAAUGACAAACAUAAGAAAGUCUGGGAAGUAGGUGGGAAAUAUUUACCUCAUUCCAAAUUUUAGGCUUUAAGGGGAUUUAGAUCCUGAUACACCACAUAUUCUGCUGAGUUAAACUGAAAUUGGAAGAAGAUGAAGGAAGUUACAGGAGGAAAUCUCUCUUUAUUAGCAUCAAAUAUGUCUUGCUAGGCUGACUUUGAAUUAUUUGGCAGGCUUAUCAGAGCUAUUUGUCAAAUUACCAACAGAAAGAAUUCAGCUUUUUGGGAAAUGUUACUAAACUGAACUGACGGGACCUUUUAACACAUGAAGUGGAAAUAACUCCACCGACCUCCACCUGUGAUGAAAUUAGCCACCUGCAUAGGCAAUUGCAAAGGCAAAACACCGGGGGGUAAAGUGUGUGUGUGUGUGUGUGUGUGUGUGCGUGCGUGCGUGCGUGUGUCUGCGUCUGCUAAUGAGGGCUGGGUUAGAGAGAAGUGAGGGGAAUGCAGUUUCCAUGGGAAAGGGUUUCCUACAAAGCUGUCUGUGAUAUUGUUCUCCUCGGAGGAUAAAGAGGGCUGUGCCAAAAUCCACUCCACUUUAUUGCUUCCAUGAAAUGAUUUUACUCUACACAAGUCUUUGUGCUGUUUUUACCUCUCUUAACUAUCUUUUUCAGCUGAGUCUGGGGGAGAUAUGGCAGUACAAUAACUUUUUGUUGUUUACUUUAACAAAGCUGUAAUAAUAUGCAAGGCUGUGAGGUAAAUUGCAGUACUGAGGUUAAAAGAAAAGAUUUGGCUCAGCAAACCAUCCAUCCUCUUGCUUCGCUUGCAAAAGUCUGAGCGCAUUAAGAAGAAAUUAAAGUAAGCUAUUAUUCACAGAAACCA